UUUUUAUAUUCUAAAUUCCAAACGUUGUCAAAAAACAUUCAUAGCAAAAUUCAGGUACACGUUAAAAAUAAUGUAGUGAAAAACUGUUUCAAUUAAAAUUUUUGUGUCUCAUUAUUAAAUAAUAUAUUAUUUACAAAAAAUAAAACAAAAUGAUGAAUUAUUCAUUCCGCUAUUACAAUCACAUACGUCAGUUUAAUUCCGGAGUAUUAGCUUUAACCAAUAAGAGCAAUAUAGGCAAUUCGAGAAAUUAUGCACAAGACAAAGGAGGUUGUAAGGAGACUCCUCAACACGAGGGUAAAAGGGUUGAGUCCUGGCCGAAACCGGAUCCCCCACCACCAGCCUGGCGCUGUGAGUGUCCUUGGGAACCGCAGCCUCCAAACUACGACCCCUACAGGAUCAAAGUACCCGAUAUUGCGGUCCCACCGUUACCGCCCAGUAAUGCGAAGCCUAUGAUAGACUGUGCCCGCACCAAAGGCCCCUGUUCCGUGAAGCCUGUCCCAGAUCCUCCACCUUGCCCUCCCCCCCCGCCGCCUCCCUUUCCAUGGAUCUAUGUCUGGUCUUCUUUGACGUUCCUAGGAAUAAUGGGCCUGUUGUACAAACUAUACCUUUGGAAGCAAUUGCAAGACAAGCUUUCCAAAAAUGUUGUUAAAUGGCGCCCAAGACGCAAAAUCAAGCGGCCAUACCACUGUAAGGACUUGCCUGCUUGUGUGCAGUAUCUCAUUGUGGGCGGGGGCUCGGCGGCUUGGGCAGCCCACCGAGCUAUCUUGGAGCACGAUGAAACUGCCAAGAUAUUCUUUAUAACAAAAGAGGAUUGCUUACCGUACAAGCAGCCUCCGAUGUCGAAACAUAUGUGGUGGAACGCGGAACCGCCCGAUAUUAAGAAAUUGAAUUAUGUUGAAGAUUUUAGAAGGCACACGAUGUAUUUCGCUGAAUGCGAACACUUCAUGGAUCCUAUUAAGUUUUAUCGGAAGAAGAAAGGUCCAGCGAUUUCGAUCGCGACUGGCUGGUGCGUGCUGCGAGUAGACGCCGACGAUCACGUUGUUUGGGUUAAGACAAUGUGCGGCGAACAACCGAUAUACUAUGAGAGAUGUUUGUUGGCUCCUGGAGCGAAGGCAAAAACUUUGUCUAUCUUCAAGUCGGCUCCCAAGGAGGUCCGCGAUCGAGUAACUACCCUUCAUACGAUUCGAGAUUUGGAGAUAGCUUACAGGAAGGUGAAGUCAUCGAAACAUGUCACAAUCAUUGGAGGAGGACUGCUCGGAUGCGAGCUGGCCUGGUAUCUGGGGAGAAUGAAUAAGGUAGUGGAAAGACCUGAGGACGAAGAUCCAAUUGAAUUCGUUCACGUCAUAAAGGAUAAGGGACUGCUGGCGGGCACCCUGCCGGAGUACUUGGGCGAGUGGGCGGUUGAGAAGAUCAAGUGCGAAGGAGUCACUGUCAUGCCGAAAACUCAAGUAUAUGAUGCCUUCCCAUCUGAAGACGGCAGAUUGCAGUUGACUUUAUCUAACGGGUCGUCAUUGGUAACGGACUAUGUUUUAGUUGCUAUCGGCUCAGAACCUCGUGAAGAUUUGGCUGCUCCCUCGUUUCUUGAACUGGACCCGGUUAAUGGAGGUUUCUUGGUCAACACUGAACUGGAGGCGCGAACACAUUUAUAUAUAGCUGGUGACGCGGCGAGCUUUUACUCCCAAUGGAAGGACACUCGUAUCAGGCUGACAAAUUUCGGCAGCGCUGAGGAACAGGGUCUGAUAGCGGGCGCCAACAUGACCGGCUAUUGGACACCUUGUAAUAUGGAGCCCCACUUUGAGCUCAAGCUGGGGGAAUCGCUGGAAGUUGAGGCUGUGGGGGAAGUCGGUGCCUGUAUGCCAACUAUCGGUAUAUUCAAGCCUUGUAAUGAAGACGUCCAGCCACAGAUUAAGUCUGGAUCCCAAGGAGAUGGUGAUCGACCUUGUUAUAAGAAAUCGGAAGAGUACAAGAAUAGGUACAAAAGAGGUAUGCUGUUUUACUUGCGGGAUGAGACGGUGGUAGGAAUGAUAUUUUGGAACAUGCCACCUGUAGAUGAUCGAUACAUGGCGGCCACUGAGCUUCUUCGAGCUCGCCCGCAUUAUAAAGAGAUCAACAUGCUGGCUCAUCUGAUGGGCUUCGAGGAGCUGAAGUGUGAUUACCUCAGCGAGGAACUUCUGCGAGAACCUGGACCAUGCAUAAAGAAUCGCCGUUUUCCCUAAAGAAAUUUAAAGGACGAGAGCAGUGAUCUACAGUACCUUUGAUGGAAGUUAUAAAAAUAUGUUGUGUGAAAUUAACUUAUGUAUUAAUAAAUUUUAGUAAUCCGA